AUGGCUAAUUCUGAUAAAGCUAGUAUGUUUCGAGGAUUUAAAAAUGUUUCUGGUAUUGCUCCACCAACAUCAAAUAGCCAACAACAAUCGAACACUUUUAACGAAAUGUUAUAUGAAGAUCGACCAGAAAUAGUAAUGACUAUCGAUCAAUUAUCAUUAUUAAAUAAACAUUCCAAUUUACGUGAUAUAAAUUAUUCAUUAAUACACGAAGAUGAUGGAUCCAGUCCUCAAUCGCCAUUACAUUCCGUGAAAACAUUUGAAGAAUUAAAAUUAGAACCUCAAUUAUUAAAUGGGAUUUAUUAUAUGGGUUUUCGUCGUCCAUCUCGUAUUCAAGAACGUGCAUUACCACAAUUACUUGCUUAUCCACCACGAAAUAUGAUUGCACAAUCACAAAAUGGAACUGGAAAAACAGCAGCAUUUUCCUUAGCAACACUUAGUCGUAUGGAUCCAAAUUUAGAUUAUGUUCAAGCACUUAUUUUAUCACCAACAUUUGAACUUGCUUUACAAAUCGGAAAAGUUAUUGAAAAUAUGGCAAAAUUUUUACCACAUAUUAAAAUUGCAUAUGCUGUACGUGAUCCGACAAUAUCAAAACGUAAUGAAUAUACGAAAGGAAAAGAAUUAAAUGUUCCAAUUGUUAUUGGAACACCUGGAACAGUUGAAGAUUGGUGUCGAAAAAUGAAAAUAAUUGAUUUAAAAAAAUUACGUAUGUUCGUUGUUGAUGAAGCUGAUGUUAUGAUUAGUUUACCGGGUUUUUCACAAAUUUGUUUUAAUCUUAAAAGUGCUAUGGGAAAAGAUUGUCAAACAAUGCUUUUUUCAGCAACAUAUUCCGAUGAGGUUAUGGAUUUUGCUAAACGAAUCAUUGAAAAUCCAGUGAUUUUUCGAUUAAAACGAGAAGAACAAUCAUUAUCUAAUAUUCGUCAAUUUUAUAUUAAAUGUAAUAAUGAUGAAGAAAAAUAUGAAGCUGUUAAAACUAUUUAUUCAUCAAUAACUAUUGGUCAAGCAAUGAUUUUUUGUCGAUAUAAACAUACAGCUCAUGCACUUGCAUUACGAAUGAUUAAUGAUAAACAUUGUGUUGAAUUACUUUCAUCGGAAUUAUCUGUUGAACAACGUGCUGCUGUUAUAAAUCGUUUUCGUGAUGGAAAAUUUCGUGUUUUAGUUGUUACAAAUGUUUGUGCACGUGGAAUUGAUAUUGAUGAUAUAUCAUUAGUACUUAAUUUUGAAUUUCCACUUAUUUAUGAUGAAACAAAACGUUGUUUUGCUGAUAAACCUGAUUAUGAUACAUAUUUACAUCGAAUUGGUCGUGCAGGGCGUUUUGGUCGUAUUGGACAUACAUUUAAUUUAAUAACUCCGUCGGAAAUGCCAUUACUUGAACAAAUUGAAAAUUAUUUUCAAAAACCGAUUAUGGAAUUUUCAGAAAAACAUAUAGUUGAUGACGACCUUUAUAAGAUAUAG